CCAAAGGUGGCUCAAAGAGAGCACCGACCUCUUCCAUAUCUGAGUCUUCACCAGCACAUCGGGAGAGACAGCAGAGAGAAGCAGCUGACAGGACGACUCACAAGAUAGGAACGAUGCAGUGGAGUCUGUUUGUGCUCUUCCUGAUGGGUCAGUGUUCCCUCUUCACAUGUCACCUCUAUGAGUACCACUUCAUUCAGGAGGAAAAGUCCUGGGAUGAAGCCCAGAAGUAUUGCAGAGAGCAUUACACUGACCUGGCCACGGUGUCAAACAUGAGAGACUUGGAGAGACUGCGUAACUCUUCACAGACUACAGACGCCUGGAUUGGGCUGCACUCCAUAAGUGCUGAGAGGUCAUGGCACUGGUCUCUGCCGGGCGUGGAGUUCAAUUACUCUGAGAUAGAAUGGGGAUAUGGACAGCCAAAUCAUCAUCAGUCUAAUGAGAACUGUGUGGUGAUAAGAGGUCAAGAAUGCCAUGAUUUCUCCUGUAAUAAAACAUAUGAGUUCAUCUGCUACAAUGAAUCAACCCAAACAUACCACUGUGUAAAUGAUGCCAAGAACUGGCUUCAGGCUCAGAGCUACUGCAGAGAACAUCACACUGACCUGGUCAGUGGAAUCAAACACAUCAAAUCAGCAGAAUUCAAGGAACAGAAUGAGACAUGCACAGAACAAAUAGAUUCAUCUAAGAAUCCAGAUAGAAACAUAUGGAUCGGCCUGUUCAGAGACACCUGGAGUUGGUCAGAUGGGAAGAACUUCUCUUUCAGACACUGGGAUCCGGACUCAUUUAAAGAUGUAGCCUCAAAGACAUGUGCUAUGACGAUGCCAAAUGGAACUUGGAGCUCCGACAACUGCACAGAUCAAAAACCCUUCUACUGCUAUGACGACAAAGUGAUCCUGAUCAAUGAGAAUAAGACUUGGGACGAGGCCUUGGAUUACUGCAGAGAGAACCAUCAUGACCUGGUCUCCAUCACUGACCAUCACCAGCAGAGAUGGGUCGAAAAGAGAGCCAAG